AAAAAUCUAUAAAUAAAUUUAAAAAAUGCAAUUAAAAAUUCCAACUUCGGUUAUUACAGACAGAAGCCGCGCGCUGCGCAGCAAGAGGGCCCGCUCCAGGAGCACUCCCAGCCAGAGACAGAUUCCAGGAAGAAAGAAGAAUGAUAACAAGAACUGCCACAGCCUUUCACCCUCCAUCCUCUCCAAAAGGUCAUUAGUAGAAGUGGCCCCGUCAGUGUUUUCCACUCCGGAGAAGCCUACCUCCCCUGACCCUGACCUUCGGGAGUCCUCGCCACGAGAUACCAGUGUGGAUGCACCUUUAGCUGACUCCAAACCUGCAGCCAAGGCGAUGAGGAUCCCGGUGAGGCAGCGGCCAGUCACUGCCACUAAAAGUAAAAUAAGGCCACCAAAGAUAAUAAACCCAAGCAGUCACACGAUGGAGUUACUUCUACCCGCCAAGAGGAAUGUGGAUCCGACCAGCGACGCCUCCAUCCGAGACGACCAGAAGAAGGAGAGUGAAAACAACGUUACUCUUACCGUGAACCAUGGCAUGCCGCACACUAUGAUUACGAAAUUGAUGCGACAAUUUGCAAUUAAAAAGAGAGAGUUUUUAAAACUGAAAAGGACGCUAAUUCCACAACAGAACCAGCUGCUAACCCUGCUAGCGGCGCUCCGGGAGCUGGAGGCGGGCUGCGGGGCGAAGGCCGAGGACGCGCUGUACGCCGUGACCGUGCUCAGCGUGGCCGCCUGGCCGCCUCAUGAUGUACUGCUACUGGUGGCGAGGGACGAUGCCGUGUGCCAUGGACUGGCUCAAACGGCGAUCAAAAUGCUGACGUCCCAGCUAGACCAGCUUCCCGAGGAGCUGCACAAGCUAGGGGCUGAGCUCUGGAGACACGGGGACGAGCACCGAAAGCUGGCGCGGUACGAGCCUCGCGAGCGGAGCCUCGGCAGCGGGCCUUACAGGUCGUCUUCGAAUUACGAUCAAAGACUAAAAGAUCUAAAAGAUGAUGAGGAAGAGCAGAAAAUGAUCAAAAUGAUUGAAGCUGCUACUGAAAAUUUCAAACAUAAGAUUUCUCGUUGCUUGACACUGACAAAGGCAGCAUGGUGCGACCGGGACGUGCUCACCAAGAAGGUGGAGAAGCUGCAGAAGGAGCUCGUGUACCUUCAGCACAAGGCGCAGGAGGCCCGUCUCGACGCCAGGAUCAAGACCCCAAGAUGUUCCAUCUCCAUGAGCUCUUCGCGCAAGGAUUCCAGGACUAGUCUAUCGACAGACCCUAUCACCCUGGCGGAAGAGCUGAAGAAGGAGCGUUCUGCGCGGGAGGCCCUGCGCGAAGUGGUGACCACUGCCGAGAGCAUGCUGCGGGUGGCACGAGCCAGGAUCGCCAUCCUCGAGAGACAGCUCAAGGAGUCCAAGCUGGAAGUCGCCAACUGCCAGAGGAAACAGAAGGAGCUGGAGCAGAUUUGUCGAUUCCGUGAAUCCAGCUACGACGCCAGGUCAAAGAAGUUGCUGGAAAUGUCAAAGACUGGAGAGAUGACUAUCGAGACUCUAUCCAGACAACGAGACGCCCUCGAGAUAAGAGUGCGAGAGUUGAGAGAGGAGGCUGACGCGGCGACCCGCAGGGCUGAAGAGGUCACCAAUGAGAACGCCACACACAUACGAGUGCUGAAAGAGAAGAUCGCUGAUCAGGAGAAAGUGAUAGAAGCUUCCAGACUCCGCACAGACGAGCUGGACCAGCUGGUGACGGCGCUACAGACGCAGCUGGCGGCCGUGCGGGAGCGCACCGCGGACCUGGUCGACAUGGAGAGACGGAGGUGCCUCGACUUCGUGCCUAGCAAAGAGAGCGAGCCGUCAGACCGCGAGACGGAGCUGUGGCAGGAGCUGACGGCGACCCGCGCCGCGCUGGCUCGAGCCGACCGUGAGCUGCUGCAGGCCAGGCAGGACAAGGAGGGCUUCCUCGAGUCGCUGGCACGGAUCGCGCAAGUAAACGAAAACGCUGACAAGCUAAGUGACAAGAUGGCUUCUGAAUUGGUCACCAAGGAGAGGAAGAUAAUGAGCUUGCAGCAGAGAAUAGAGAGGCACCUCGCCAACGAAGCAGCUAUGACUGAAACCAUAGAGAAGAACGAUAGCCAAAUAGCGGCGAUGAAGCUGGAAAUGACUCGGAUGCAAUCUUACAGCACCUACAACAAAGAAACGUUUGCCUUCCCAGAGCUGCAGCAUGAACUAAACGAGCUACAGAUGAAAGUAGAUGCAUUAACCCGCGAGCGCUCGGCCCUGGUGUCGGCGGCGGCGUCGCGGGCCCUACUCCUCGAGAGACAUGAACGCGCCGCCGACCUGUUCGCCAGGAUGACGCGCAUGCGCCGGGAGCUGGGAGCCACCGUGCGCCCGGACAGCGCGGACGCGCAGCCGAGACAUACGUCCAGCUCACUAGCGGAGAUCUGCUCCACGGCGUCGGAGAGCUGGUCGGCGCUGCGGGCGGAGCGCGGGCGGGUGCUGCUGCUGGAGCGCGCGCUGGUCACGCAGGGCGUGCUCAUGGAGCGCCAGGCGCGCCUGCGCACGAGGCUCGAGAGGCACCGCGCCGCGCUCAACCGCGAGCUGAUGGGCGCCAGGAUGUGCCAGCCAUCCGAUGCUCGUUUGAGGCGUGGCGGCUUGUAAUAAAUUGUUCAGUGAUUCAAGAAAUAUCAAAUUAACUAUUAAAGUGUAUUUUAAAAAUAAAAAAAAUGUAUUAUUUUGACAGGUCAUUUUAUUUAAAAUAAAAGUUUAAACAUAA